GGCGCCCGUCAGUGAUGCAGCCGACAAGCGUAUAACUCUCCCGAGUCACCUGAGACUGUCCACAACAGACAACGGGGGCACGCAUAGCAAGGAACGUUACCAUGGCAACGCGGUUUAUCUACUUAUUUAGUAUUUUGGCGUAUGCGUCUGGUCACAUGACAGAAGAAGUUCCGGCAUGCUACAACCCGAAGUUUGACGAGGGUGUCGAAGAGGUGAGAACGAAGCCCCGUCCUUCUGAUUACAUGAAGCUGGCUGAUCUGCCCAAAGCCUUGGACUGGAGAAACGUGAACGGCACCAACUACUGCAGCCCCACCCGGAACCAGCACAUCCCGCAGUUCUGUGCGUCCUGCUGGGGAAUGAGUUCUACAAGCUCAUUGGCUGACCGCAUCAAUAUACUCAGGAAGGGGGCGUGGCCAUCAGCUUACCUCUCGGUCCAGAACGUGAUCGACUGUGGAGGGGCGGGGUCUUGUGAAGGGGGUGGGGAUCUGGCUGUGUACAGAUACGCCCACAGAGACGGUAUUCCUGAUGAAACGUGCAACAACUUUCAAGCCAAAGAUCAGGAGUGCAACCAGUUUAACCAGUGCGGAACGUGCCACCCUGGAAACCAGUGUGAGUACAUUCAGAACUACACGCGAUGGUUUGUCGCUGAUUAUGGUACCAUCAGUGGAAGAGAGGUGUUGAUGGCGGAAAUAUUCAAGAACGGACCAGUAAGUUGCUCUAUCGUCACAACAAAGAAAUUCCAUGCUUAUACUGGAGGAAUCUAUCGAGAAUUCAACUUAAACCCUCUGAGUAAUCACAUGAUAGCCCUGGUAGGAUGGGGCGUGGAAGAGGGCACGGGUACCGAAUACUGGAUUGGUAGAAACUCCUGGGGAGAGCCAUGGGGCGAACAUGGAUGGUUCAGAAUUGUGACGAGCACCUAUCGAGAUGGCCACUACAACCUUGGGGUUGAAAACCGGUGUAAUUUUGGCGACAUUAUACUGCCUUGAUCCAGGUUUUAAACCUGAUUAUGUAAAUAUCCAACUUUCAUCGUAAGAAAAAUAAGACCAUUCUGAAUAAAUGUUUAGUUUUA